ACACCACACAUAACAAGCGAGUGUGCAAGUUGGACCGACGUUUAUGAUGGCACCAGAACUCCGGUUCAUCGCGCUGUUUCUACUGUUUGCUGCUACUGCUUACGGCCUACAGAGACCAUCGGCGGCGGGGGAUCCUUUACAGGCCAUUGGAGGGCUAGUGGCGCGCGUACUUGGAGAAAAGUACGUCUCGCAGAUUGUUUAUGAGGUCAUACAGCCGGAUCCUUCCACCGGACGCGAUAUCUUCGAGAUCGACUACGAGGAGACCGCCAAAAAACCUGUCCUGCGCGGUAACAACGGCGUGGCAUUGGCCUCGGCACUCAACUUCUACCUGAAGUAUGAUUGCGAUUGCUCUAUCAGCUGGGGCCGCGGCGGGAGCGGAGACCAGCUCAAUCUUCCGCAGCCGCUCCCCCGACCGGGGUUUCUGAAGAUGGUUUCGCCUGUAAAAUACAGGUAUUACCUGAACGUGUGUACAGUGUCUUACUCCAUGGCAUGGUGGAACUUCACCCGCUGGGAGCGAGAGAUUGACUGGAUGGCUAUGAAUGGUCUCAACCUCAUUCUCUCUUUUACCGGACAGGAGUACGUGUGGCAAAAGUUCUAUUUGUCUCUCGGAAUAAACGAGACGGACAUCGAGGCCAUGUUCUCGGGUCCGGCUUUUCUGACGUGGCAGAGAAUGGGAAACCUCCGCAGAUGGGGUGGCCCGCUGGACGACGGCUGGAUCCAGUCCCAGGCCACCCUUCAAAAGAAGAUCAUGGCUAGAAUCCGGGAAUUCGGGAUGAUCAACGUUCUUCCUGGUUUCGCUGGUCACGUUCCGGCUGAGCUGAAGAACCUAUACCCGAAUGCCCAUUUCACACGAAACAACGGCUGGUCUGGCUUCAAUUCGACUUACUCUGAUGACUACCUUCUGCAGCCCAAUGAUCCACUAUUCUUGAGGCUCGGGAUACAGUAUUAUCAGAUGCUUAUAGACGAGUUUGGAACUGAUAACAUUUACAACUGCGACACCUAUAAUGAAAUGAACCCCAUCAGCACUGACUUGACAUACCUGGCCGAUGUGAACAAGGCCAUCUUUCAGACGAUGAGUUCUGUGGACGUAGAUGCUAUAUUCUUAAUGCAAGGCUGGCUUUUUCACUCAGAUUUCUGGAGCAAUGAACGGAUAGAAGCAUUCCUGUCAGGUGUUCCAGAUGACAAGAUGAUAAUACUGGACCUGAACAGCGAACAGACACCAUUAUGGAACAAAACCCAGUCCUACUUUGGGAAGCCCUUUGUGUGGUGUUUACUCCAUAACUAUGGAGGAACGAGGGGUAUAUAUGGUAACCUGACCACCAUAGCCACUGCUCCACUGGAAGCACUCCGUGCUCCCGGGAGUACAAUGGUCGGAGUGGGGAUAACCCCUGAGGCUAUUGAGCACAAUCCAGUGGUGUAUGACUUGAUGGGUGAAAUGAGUUGGAGAUCUGAGCCGGUCACCGACCUUCCCUCAUGGGUGUCUGCGUAUGGCGUUCGUCGAUACAACGCACCAUAUCUACUGCCAGAACUAAAAGCAACGUGGCUGAAUUUGUUAUACGGAGCCUACCAGUUCCAUUGGAGUGGGGACAUCAGAAGCAUGGUUGAAAAGGCACCGGGAUUUUUCAAUGUCUUACUAUUCAGAUCAGAGUGCCACGAACAUCACGGCUGCGUGGUACUACCUGUCGAGUGGGGUACUAUCUGGAGACUUAGAGCCAUCUGUUCAGCCACUGCAGUACGACCUGGUCGACUUUGGGCGCCAGAUGUUGGUGAAUCUCUUUGUCGACAUGCACGCUAUGUACAGCGCUAUGUACGACAGAUAUGUCCAGGAGAAAGUGGACGUAUCGGUACAGUUGGACCUGAUUAGUUCCGCGAUGCUCGCCCUGUGCGACGAUCUCGACGAGCUCUUGGGAACGAAUACGAAUUUUCUUCUGGGUCAUUGGAUUGCCAAUGCCAGGGCAUCGGUUCCUUCCACAUCUCCUGUAGAAGCUGUGAAUAAUGCCGAGUUCAACGCUCGCAAUCAGGUUACAAUGUGGGGCCCCCACCAGGAAUUAGAGGAUUACGCGAGCAAAGAGUGGGCUGGUCUUGUCAAGGACUAUUACAAGGAAAGAUGGGCGCUCUUCAUCGGCCUUGUCAAUGAGGCAGUACGAAAGGGUGUGACAUUUGAUCGUGAUUACUAUGAAUCAGAGCGGUUCUUGCUGGAACAGAAAUUCAGCUACACCAUCAAAUAUUACCCUACAACUCCGACGGGCGAUUUAGUUGAAAUCACGAAGAACUUGAUGAACAAGUACCUCGAACCAAGUGGGUCUUACACCGUUUACAAGGACACUGAUGUUACGGGCAGCGAUAUACUUCGAUCUCCCACCUGGACAAAGGACGUUGGUCAACUGAAAUUUCUGUGCAAUCUGAUACCUGACUGUGCUGGCUUUAACACUAUGGGACAUCUCAAGAGCUUGGUGAGUAGUACAGAGUAUUCUGAUGGGGUGGAUCUCUUCAUCAAGUCACCUUAAACUAGUAACACACUGUUAUGCAUUUACUUUCUUAGCAAUAAUAAUAUGACUAAACAUGCAAGCUAAUUUUAUUGAUGUACACCAAUGAUAUUAUAUUAUUAUUAUUGUUUUCUUGCUUUCUUCUUUAAUCUUUUUCGAUGGUUCUUGACUGAUUGUGGAACAACUCUGGGUCCCUUGCCCUCCAUCCCAGGUGGUCUCUGUGUAACACUGUCCACCACUGGUCUCUUUGAAGAAACAGUCACCAGCUGCAUCAUCUUCUUCGCGUACUGCUCUGCCUUUUUUGCCUGCGUGUCAAUAAACUGCUUGUGGCGUCUCUGAAUCUCAAGAGCAUCUUUCUCUCUGUGGUAUUCAUCGUUUUCCUGGACCUUAUGCACUCCUGUUGUAUCGAGCUUUAUCCUUUUUAGGCAAGCACCUUCGUCAUCAUCGUCUUCAUAUGACUUCUGGGGUUGAACCUGGUCAAUCACCUUAGCCUGGAACACUCGUAAUCUUUCCUCGGAGUCUUCGUGUUCUUCUUCGGCGCUCGAAGAGGCGUCAGAAGACAUCUGCUUCCGAUUG